UUGAUCAGGACUGCCUGACGAAAUUAUCCCUCUCCCAUGGGCCAUGAACAACCUUUCGUACAGUGACCAGUCAUGUUGUAGAGCCAGUCGGAGCAGCCCCUAGAUACACUUUGGACUACAUGAUCCACGACCCAAUCCCAUCACGAUAUCACGUGUAACCUUUCCCACCCACGUCAUCCCCGGCCCUCCACCCUCCAUCCAACCACAAUGCCCCCACCACCACGGACCCCACGCUUCAUCGUCCCCGCGAGCACCGCGCCCUCAUCCACCCCCAGCCGUCCCCCCCGCUUCAUCGCGCCGCACCCCACCACCACGCCGUCCCGGCACGUCCCGCAGUUCCUGAGCGCCCCCGCUCCGCCCACCGCGCCCACGACCGCCACACCCACCCCCGCGCCGCGCCCCACAUUCGUAACACCCGCGCUCCAGCAGCCUCAGGAGGAGGAGGAGGUAAUCGACGACUUCGGCGACUUCGGCGACCGCAGACGGCGGAAGCGACGGCGACCAUCCUCGUCCUCGUCUUAUGGCGAGGGCAGCCAGGACGAAGACGCCGGCCUCGAGUCGCCGACUGCUCACCGUAGCACGCGGGCGCUGCCGUUCGCGCCGGGGAGUACACAGAGCGCUGGUGCGGGCUAUGGUGCUGGUGCGGGCCCGAUGGGGCCGCCGAUAAGUUCAAGGUUGUUUGCGCUAAGAUUGCCGGAGGGCGAGGGUGAGGUCCACCUGCCGGUCGAUUGGUCGCCCACUAAGCCGAAGCGUGGGAGGAGCGCGUAUGUGCCCCAAGGAUUGGCCGCGACGGUGGCCGGGUGGGCGGUCGAUGCGAGGAAUGCUCAGGGGCGAAGGGGAGGCGCGACGUAUAGGGUGGUGGAGGCACGGCCAGGAGAGGGGUAUGUGGGCGUGGUGACGGAGGAGGGGGGGCUGCUGCUGGUCAGGCGGGUGGGUGCUGGAGAGGUUGGCGUGGACGUUAGGGUUAAGGUGGAGUGGCCGUGGUGGGAGGUAGGCAUUGAGGGGGGGAUGUGGAAGGUGUGUGUUUUUUGGGAGGUUGUGGGAGAGGAGGAGGAGGAGAUGUUGGUUUGAUCGAUGGACGGAUGGAUAGCAUGGCGAUAGAGUACUCUUAUAGGAGGGUAGAUAGAAAGUAAAGUAGAAUGCUGCAAUUCGGAGCAGAGAAACAGAACAUAUAUUACACUUAUCAAAACAGUAUAGAUAAUGCCUCCCGUCCUCCUACAAAAACGCCUCGCGCUUCUUGUUGUACGCCCGCUGAUCCUUCAGCCACUGCCGGUACUGCUUAACGCUCCCAAUCUUCUCGCCGUAGUAGUCGGGCACUGGAUUCGAAAAGCUCUGGAACGACGGGUCGACGCGGUUCUUCUUGAUGUGAUUCAGGAACUCUUUCUCCUUCU